AUGAGUCCCGUCGGCGGACCAGGAGGCAACAGACAGCCGGUCGCGCAAGGCGGCGUCAACGGCGACGGCAGCGGCAGCCGAGCGCAUUUACGGACAGCCAGCAGCAGCGGACUCGCGAGAUCACACGGCACGACGCAGUCGGCGCGCGAGAGGCUGGGUCUGUCACGACCCACGCAACAACGCACCACGCCUCAACAGCAACAGCGCGCCCCACAAAAUCAACAACGUCAACAACACCAACAAAACACACCCUCGCGGCCCUCGUCCAGACACAGCGCCAUCCCCGACACCCAGUCGGUCGGCGCCCCGACCUCGUCGUACCGGGCCACCUCGCAUGAGAGCAGCAAGGAAAACAUGGCGCCGCCCGACGCCGAAGAGUACGAGCUGCAGCGGCGGCGCAUCGAAGAGCUCAAGGCCGAGGUGGGCACGCUGCAGUACCAAGUCAACACGUUUGAGCAGGAAAAGGAAAUGGCGCGGCUGCAGCACGACACGGAGCUGAGGGACGCGCGGCGCAAGGCCGAGGACGACUUCAAGCAGCGGCAGGCGGCCGAGGCCGAGCGCGGCGCGGCCGACCGCAAGAUGGCCGCGCUGCACGAGGAGCUGGAGGCGGCGCGCGGCGACCAGGACGCGCGGCAGCGAGACCUCGAGCAGAAGGUGCGGGCGGCGCAGGACGAGGCGCGGGCCCUGCAGGAGCAGCUCGACGACCUAAGCGUUGCCAAGGAGGACGCGGCGCGCAUGGGCGAGCGGCGGGCCGUGGACCUCCAGGAGCAGUUGGCGACGGCACAGCGCCGCCUGCAGGAAGCCGCGCAGGAGGCCGCGGCCCGCGACGCGGCCCUGCAGCAGGCCCAGCAGCAGCUGGUCGCGCGCGAUGCCCAGACGGGCCAGCUCGAGGCCGAGGUGCUGCGGCUCAAAGCCCAGACGGGCGAUGCGGCGACCAUGGAGAUCAUCCGGCGCGAGCUCAAGGACCAGGUCAACCACAUCCGCGCCCUCGAGGCCACCAACCGCGACCAGCUGACCGAGCUGCGGCACCUGCGGCAGGCGCACAAGGCGGUUGAGGUCGUCGAGGAGGAGAAGCGGUCGCUGCUGCGGAAGCUGGAGAGCGCGCGCGCCCUCGAGCAGGAGCUCCACGAAGAGCGCAUGCAGCGGCAGCGGCUCGAGACCGAACGGCGGGCCUGGGCGGCGUACCUGCAGACGGAAACCGAACACAGCAUGGACGGCGCGUCGUCGAGCGAGUUUGACUCGCCCGAGGCCGUGGCCAAGGCGUUGAUGGAGGCGCGGUACCGCACGGCCGAGCUGACGGAGAAGAUUGGCGCGCUGGAGCCCGAGAUGGCCCAGCGGGAUGCCGACAUCCGCGCACUGGAGAUGCAGAAGAAGGAGCUGGCUGCCGAGGUGGAGCGCCUCAAGGCAGCGCGUGCGUCCUCUGGAGGCGACGGCACACCCUCGUUUGGCACACCCACACUUGUGAAUGCCAGCACCAACGCCAACACCAACGCCAACGAAACCAAGCUUCGGGCCCGUCUCGAGCGCCAGCGCGCCCUUGCCGUCAAGGAAGUCGAGUAUCUGCGCGCCCAGCUCAAGGCGUUCGACACCGAGGACAUGACCUUCCACCCGGGUCAAUUUGACCAGCAAAAGGCCGACCGCAUUCAGCAGCUGGAGGAGCUCGUCGACAAGUACCGCGCCGAGGCCGAGGGCCUGCACAGGGACCUUGCAUCGCUGGAGGCGUCUGGCGGGCCCGCUGCGGCCGCUGCCCAGAUCGCCGGCACCAAGCGGUCGUGGACCGACGGCGGCAGCAGCAGCGGCAGUGGUGCGAACGGCACGGCGGGCAGCGACGAAGACGCCCAGGUCGGCCAGCUGGUGCGCAAGACGCGCAAGCUGCAGGACGAGCUGUCCGCGGCCCAGACGGCGCACCGCGUGCUCGAGACGGAGCUGGCCGUCACCCGAGAGCAGCUCGCGGCCGAGAAGCAGGCGGCCGGGGUGCGCGUGCUCGCGCUGCGGUCCAACCCGACGUCCGACUUUGAGGCCGUCAAGCGGUCCACGCUCGCGGCCCUGAAGCAGGAGAACGCCGAGCUGCUCGCCCACAUCCAGAGUCAUGCGGCUGCUGGCACGGCUGCUCAGAAAGCGCUCAAGAGCGGUGCGCGGGCGCCCCUGUCGGCCCUCCCUCCACCGUCAACGGCAGCGCCCCCGUUUACGACCGUCCCCAUGUCGGUGCUCGCCGCCGCCCAGCGCGAGAUCGCCGACGCGCAAGCUGAGACGGCGUCUGCGCAAAAGGCCAGCCGCCGGCUCAAGGAGGUCUGGGCGGCCAAGUCGGCCGAGUUCAAGGAGGCCGUCGAGAGCACCCUGGGCUGGCACGUCACCUUCAUUCCCAACGGCAAGAUGCGCGUCGAGAGCGUGUACUACCCGAGCCUCAGUGCCGAUGAGAACGAAAACAGCAUCGUCUUUGACGGCGAGCGGGGCACCAUGAAGGUCGGCGGCGGCCCGCGGAGCGCGUUUGCGCAGCGGAUCGACGACCAGAUCCGGUUCUGGGUGCGGGAGAAGGGCUGCAUCCCCGGGUUCUUGGCGGCCCUGACGCUCGAGUUUUGCGAAGAGCAGACGCGGACGUCGACCGUGACGACGGGACGAUAA